CGAAUUUGGCGCAAGGUCUGCCAUUGAUCAGGGCUGUUGCUGCUCUGUGCGGCGCUACAGACUGGCGUUGGACCGGCCAGGACGGGAGAGAAUAAAGUAUCUUGCAAUUGAACCUAUCUUCAUCAUGGCCAUCGGCCUUGUGCUGCUCUCUGGUCUGGGCCAGCGCGCGAUGGAGCGGCUGGCUGGCUGGCUGGGCUUUGAAUGUGAGCCCAACAGCGCCACAACGCACGGUACCAAACUACCCAUGGCUACCGAGAGAAAUGGGACGGUGAUUGACGUUGAGGCCAUGGAUCCAUCGGCCUCGCAGCGUAUCACAAGCUAUCUGGACGAGCAAGUCGAGCUGCGGCGCGUGGCCGGCCUCAGUCUUGCCGUCGUGCGUCGCGGUCAGUUGGCCUAUCGCCACUUUGCCGGCGUUGUCAAUGUGGACACGCAGCAGCCCAUUGCCGCGGAUACCAUCUUCCGCAUCUACAGCAUGACCAAACCCAUCACCUCCACCGCCAUCAUGAUGCUCUACGAACGCGGCCUGCUGGACCUGGACGAGCCUGUCAGCAAGUACAUUCCGGCGUUUGCCGACGUCCAGAUGGCCACUGGACACCGACCCGAUGGCACCAUCGAGACGGCCCCCUGCCCCACCCCGAUCACGAUUCAUCACCUUCUUACUCACACAGCAGGCCUCUCGUACUGGUUUCUGACCGAUGAGCACGGCGUGUCCAAGCAGUAUCGUGACAAUAACAUUGUUUUUGCCUACGUUGAUCAUGGUGACGAAACGGGCGGUACCCUGCUCGAAGCCGUCAACCGCUUGGCUCAGCUUCCCUUGGUCUAUGAGCCAGGUACACAAUGGCUUUACUCCAACGCCACGGAUGUUCUGGGAUGCGUGGUCGAAGUCAUAUCGGGUCAACGCCUGGGUCAAUUCUUUCAAGAAAAUAUUUUUGCCCCUCUCAAGAUGCACGACACGGGUUUUUUUGUGCCCGCCGCCAGCCGGCACCGCUUUGCUGCUUGCUAUCGGGUCUCUGGCGCCCCCACCAUGGUCCCGUCCGCCUUUGGUACAGUGCCUGUGGCACCUUUUGCGCGCCUGAACAAUGACGCCUACUACAGUUCUGACCCCAAAGUCCACGCCGGUGGAGGUGGCCUCGUCAGCACCCUCCCCGAUUACACGCGCUUCGUCAACAUGCUCCUCAACUACGGCUCGCUGAACGGGCAACGCAUUCUUGGGCGCAAGACAGUACAGCACAUGACUCGCAACCAAUUGCAGGGGGACCUGGGUGACUAUGGUCAGCCGCGGUUUCUCGGUGCCAACCGUCUUGGCACGGGCUUUGGCUAUGGCUUUGCUGUCGUGGUGGAUCCGGCCAAGGUGCGCGCCAUCGUGUCUCGAGGUGAAUGCUCUUGGGGCGGCAUGGCAUCAACCGCCUUUUGGAUUGACUUUCAGGAGCAAACGGCGUCAGUCAAUGCUGACAUGUGUGUGUGUGUGUGUGUGUGUGUGUGUGUGUGUGUGUGUGUGUGUGUUUGCGUUGUGCCUGCCCCCGCGAAAAGCGUGCCCAUGGCCAAUUCCGACGAGUGGUCGCAGCUGGCUACGGCAUCGCACCUGCCUUCAUGGCAAGCACAGGCCAAAGAUCGGGCUGCCGACCCGCUCAAGCCGGCAGCCACUCCUGGGCUCCGCUUACUCCCCAAUGCAGACAUUAAUCGACGACUCCGUGUGUGGCAGGGCGACUUACAUGGCGUCCCUGCCACUGCCAUUGUGAACGGCAAUGCCGAGAGCUUUGCCACGCCAUGCCCGCGAGCCCGAGCCCUGCUUCGCAUUACAGGCAUCGACGAUCCCGAUCUUGCCCGCCUUCACUCGUGCCGAACUGGCGAGACUGUAAUCGUGCCCUGUGACACACCUUUGGCUAGGCACGUGAUUAAUACUGUCACGCCUCGCUGGCAAGAGCGUUUCCAAACAGCAGCUGAAAGUGCUUUGUAUGCCUGUCACCGUCGUGUUUUUGAUGCGCUUAUGGAUCUAAAGGCCAAUUCGGUCGUUUUGCCCGCUCUUCAUAACUACCACCCUGCUUUUCCCAUGGAGCGAGGCAUCCACUUGACACUAAUGAUCUUACGACGUCAGCUUGAGCGAGCCCAGUUUCCCGAGGUUGUCGUCUUGAGCCUGACAGCUGAGGAAUGGCCGGCAUACCAGGCACUGCUACCGGCCUAUUUUCCUCGCUCGCACAGCGAGGCUGUGCAGUAUGCACCCCUGCUGCCAAGUGACCUCGGGGACCCCGUCACGGGCGAGCCGGUGCUUCCAGAGCGUGCGCUUCGUGUGGUGAGCCACAUGUCAAGAACGAGUUCGCAGCGCGUGUCUACCGGACCGACUUCUCUGGAAGCUUCACACACCACGCAGUCUGGCGACGUCUUUGUGGAUGACGUGGCGGUCAUUGAGCAGGAGGGCUUUGAUGCCCGCAGUUUCGCCACGCGCCAGUCAGACUUUGACGCACAACGCCAGGAGCAGUUGUAUGCGCGCCAAAGCAUAGGGCACGAGGAGGGUGCUGAGACAUCUCAGCGGCGCCGAUACCAGCAACUCCUGCGCUUGGCUCGAGCAAACCCCUUGCCAAGCAUGGAGAAACGAUGCUUGUUGGAAGUUGGACGUCGCCGCAUUCACGGCUCGCCGGUUGUUUUUAUCUAUGGACGUCGUUUCUUAGCCAAAGACUCGCCCAGCGAGCUAGUGUGCCACUUGGCUGCCCAGCUCGAUGCAGUUGUGACAGAACCUUUUAUCUGCAUCUAUUUUCACAGCGCCACGGACAGCGACCAGCGACCGCAAUCGGCCUUUCUCCGCUUGCUGGAGGCAUACCUCGAUCAACGGUACUUUGAUAAUUUGGCGUCCUUUUAUUUUGUGCACUCGACAUGGCUGGCCAAGCUAGCGGAGCUUACUGGCAAGUUGGGCACAGAAAUGAGCGGAUUACCGGGGUAUAUCUACGAAGCAGAUGCCGAGACGAGUGUGGCCGACUGGAUUGGGGCGGGGGUUAAAAGAACCAUGUUGAGCUUUCAGGUCGUGGACGCAUUCGUGCGGAAUGGGGCUGCCUACACGGGCAACCCGGCCUGCGUGAUCGUGCUGGGCUCGGAAGAGAAGCUCACGAGCUUCCAGAUGCAAGCCCUUGCUGUGGAGAUGAACUUGAGCGAAACAUGCUUCCUGCAGCCCGAAGGACCAGAUCAGUUCAACAUUCGCUGGUUCACGCCGGGGGGCGAGGUGAGGGGUAGAUCUGUGUGGGCAUGCCACACUUGCGGCUGCUCAUUCAUUGUGGGCCCAAGGCUUGGGCGCGUGACGCUGAACUUUCCGGAGGAAGUGAUACAGCCCCAAGCAGCCCCGCCACAGCUACUGCCUGCGCUUGGUCUUGAGCCAAGUCAAGUUGUGUUUGUCGGGGCCAACCGCUUGGACAUGCUGGUCGAGAUUGACGGGGGCCUGCCUGCCUUGAUGGCCAUCAAGCCAAUCUUCUCACAGUUGGCCGACUUGGAGGGCGCGCGUUGUGUCAUUGUCACCACACGGAUCGACGAGGCGUCAAGAGCUUCGAGUCCAUUUGAAGCCGCCGUGGCCUCGCGCGUUUUUGCCCCUGUGUUUGGCAUCGAUGAAGAUCCCGUCACUGGCUCAUCGCACUGCGGCAUUGGACCAUACUGGAUAAGCAAGCUGGGCUGCGACCCAGUCGAGGGCAUACGCUGCCGACAGGCAUCACGACGAGGUGGUGACUUGUUUGUGCGAUGGCUGCGCGACCAGAACCGGGUCUCGCUGACAGGUGAGGCCGUGGUGGUCCAUGCCGGUAAAUACCUGGUUUUACCCCCUCCCGAGCAGAGCACGUGACAGAGAUCUUGAUUAAGAAUAGAUGAUGCUCG